AAUAGAUGAGAAUAGAAGUAUUUUAAGAAACCAUCGUAAACAGGUACGAAUCUUUUUCACAGUCUGAAUUACAGGUUGGAGCAUUUCGAAUGAAGAAUAUGCAAUAACAUGGCAAGAGAAACGUCGGUGAUUGAAGGUGCCGAUCUUGUGAGGCAAAUUAUAGAACAUGAUGGACAAAUAAAGCAAAAGGUUAUACAAAUCUACGAUCAUAUAAAGAAGUUCAUAGAAAGCAAGGAGUUCAUGGGAACAGAUGUAGAAGAUGAAGUUAAGACAGAAUUCGGUGACAUAUUGGAGAAUAUUGAAAAACAAAAGGAGAAAGUAAUGGUAGAUGAAUGUCCUAUAGUUAUAGCAGGUGAAACUUCUGCAGGGAAGAGUAGUUUCAUCAAUCUGCUCUUGGGAAAGGAUAUCUUACCAUCACAGCUACUGUCAUGUACAACAACAAUCUGUCGACUGAGGAACAGUGAAAAGGUUGGCAUUGCUGUAACGGAUGAAGACGAUAAAAAAAUAAACAUUGAUGUUGAUUAUGUUGAUGACAAAAACUUAAGAUCACAGCUGAAGAAAUACGUCAGUAGGACAUCAGACCAAGAAAACUACAAAUAUGUCGAUAUCAGUUUGCCUAUACCUUUGUUAAAAAGUCAUACAUUAAUUAUAGAUACACCUGGGAUUGGUACUAGUCCAGAGUUGAAUAAUCGGCUACUAGACUUUUUACCAAAUGCAAUGGCGUUCAUUUACAUAAUCAACAGUAGUAAUGCAGGUGGCUUGCAGGGGGAUCGGCUUUUACAAAUCUUCGAAAGCCAAAAUGAUAGAGUGAAACGUACACGGAUGCAAGAGUUUGACACCAAAACCACCAUAUUUGUAUGCAAUAAAUGGGAGCAAGUACCAGAAGAAGAAGAAGAGGAUGUCAUGAACUUUAUUUGUUCUGUCUUAAAGGAUAGUUGGCCAAAUUUAAACGUUGAAGGACAAAUAUAUAAGCUCAGUGUGAAAAAGGAAAGAGAUAGAAAACGGGAAGGGUUGGAGUUUACAGAAAACUUCAAACGUUUGAUGUCUGGAAUAGAAAGGUUAAUACCUGCCAGUCUAGAAAAAAGAAUAACAAGACAUACAAGGAUAAAAAGAUCAGUAAUCGAACAGGCCAGUGCGAAAUGCGCAUCAAUAUCGAAAGAGUUGUACACAUACUUGAAUAAAAAAGAAACAACGGACCGUAUGUUCAAAUUUUCUGUCCACGAAUAUCCAACUGGAAGAUAUCAAUGGUUUAUUAAAGAGAAAGCGAAAGAUCUUAUUCUUGGUAGGAUUAACGCUGAAACCCGUGAAUGGUGUAGAAUGAACAUGGUAGAAAACAUAAAUGUAGAACUGAAAGCAAUUUUACAGGAAAGCUUUAGUACGGUUCAUUCAGAAAUGGAAGAAGGGAGGAAAGAGUUAAGUGAAUUUGAAAUAUCUCUUGAUAAGAGAUACUCCUUUGACACAUCUACUCGGGAUAGAAAUUUUCUUGACGAUUUUGAGGAUACUGUUUUAUCUUGGCCCAUCUUGCCGAUAGCUUUCCCAUUGUCUUUCGUUAUAACAGCAGUACUGACGCCUCUUUUGAUACCAUUGGUAAUAAAAGAUAUUAUUGAUAAACUUGAUCGGCAUGGGUACAACGAAAAUAAACAGGAACAAAUGCAGAAAUGGUGCUUAGAAUUUCUUAAAGAAUACAACCAACAAAGUAUACAGAAGCUGAUAGAAGAAACUUAUCUGGACGAUUUUAUUACAAGAGUUAAGCAUUUAACAGAUCAUGUUAUACCAAAACGAAUUGAAGCUGAUGAAAAAUAUAUUCAUCACAUCAUAGAAGACCUGCGUAACUCUAGUCUUAUCAGUCGGCAAUACAGGCCAUUAGAAAACAGGUGCAUGUUCAUACUGGGAAUGAUAAUGCUGUUAGAUAUGGAUUUAGAGUUUUCCGGUUUCAAGCAUUCGGACGAAUAUAUUGGAACGCAUAAUACUGCAGAUACUGAAAUUGGUAGAGGAGCGUUUUCAGAUGUUUACUCAACAGAAAUUCUCAAAGCAAACAAAUAUAAGAAGGCAGCCGUUAAAACUUUAAGGCACCCAUUAGAGGGAAACGAAGAAAGUUACAUUCAGCUAGCAGAAGUUCAUAAUUUAAGACGGUUUUGCCAUACAAACAUCGUAGAACUGUAUGGUAUAUCAUACAAAUGUGACAAAGAAGGGACAAAAUAUCUUCAGAUUUUUAUGGAGCUAUGCGACAACAGCUUAGAUAACAUUAUUUUGAACGACGCAAAUCGCAGAUGGCGGCCGUGCUGUAUGUUUGAAAAUUUAGAAGAAUGCCAAGAAGCAUUUGAUUUUUUCAUUACGAUAUUAUUAGACAUAUGUCGUGGCCUUUUGUAUAUUCAUAACAAAGGAUUUGUACAUCGUGAUUUGAAACUAUCCAAUAUUCUGAUAAAAGAUGGGAGGGUAAAGAUAGCUGAUAUGGGCGUUGCCAAGGAAGUUUCACAUAUCUUAGGCACAUUGACUGGUACCCUAACUACCAUAGCACCAGGAGUAUAUCACGGAAAGCUUUACGGAACUGAGGCUGACAUAUACAGUCUUGGAAUCAUAAUGUGGGAAAUAUGGUAUUGUGAGGCAGCUUAUUCCACAAUGGAAUAUAACUGUUUAAAUAUGCACGAGUUUGCUGAUUGCAUAAAAGAAGGCAAACGCCCGACUUUUAACACUGGCUUUGCGCCUCCAACUGAACUGAAAAAUAUAAUUGAAUUAUGUUGGAGUCCAAAUCCAAAUGUUAGACCAUCAGCAGAAAAUGUUUUUGUGGAACUUUCUUCGUUGAUGAGAUUAUGAUCAUGUUUUUUGCAACCUCAUUUGUUUCUGUAGUGCAAAAUUACUUUAAAUAGACUUAAUUUAACAUUUCAACUCUUAGGUACUCUCAAAAUUAAAUAUGCAUUAAUUGUUUUGAUUUUUUAUAACUUUAUCUUCUUUUUGAUUGAUUCUCUUUAUUUCCUCCAUUAUACUGAAGAUUUACAUUUUAUAACACAAAUAUACUAAUUACAAGAAAUGAACAACAUAUAAUUACAGACUACAAUUAAAGCACACACAAACAAAUACAAAACAAAACAAUGUUACUAAGAAAAAGUUAAGUAAAGUCCGUAUGCUGGUAACAUAUAAGAAAAUUAUUAAAAGAUAAUAACGGUUUCAAUGCAUCACUUUUUUACUAGUACUUUCACUGCUUCCGCAGAUCUUCAGGUAAUGUGACUUGUAUAUAAAUAAAACAAUUGAUUGACGUUAACAAUAGUAUGACGUUAACAAAUACAAGGGAGACUACUAAUGUCAUUUUCAGACUUUAAAAUGUUACGUUAAAAUUAGAAUAUCAUUUAUCAUUUAAUCCCGGGUUGAGAAUGUUUAUGAAUAAUUCUUCCUUCUUCCUCCUGAGAAAAUGAUUUGUCAUAGAAAAUUCAUUUGACAUUUUUAAACAGUUUAUUCGAAAACAAAUUGUUUAAACACGUUUAAUAAUUUCAUGCGUCCGACGCGCUUUUCUGGAUUUAUGAUUAUCAGGAACGCUCAAAGCCAAACAUUUGAAAUCAAAGAUUUAUAAGUACCCAAUUCCAAGAUAUAUGUUAAUUUUUUAACUAAUUAUUUCCUAUAACAUAUACAUUAAAAUAUCCAGUGUAUCUUAACUUUCACCUAAAAUUUGACAUUGAUGAUCGGUGGAGAUUUGCCAUUAUAUUUUUCUCACUAUAAACAAUGUUCCAGAGUUACAUUUCCUAUCAAAUUUUGUUUGGUAGAUGGUUGCUGCCAACAUCAUUCUAUAUUAUUGUCAACAUUCUAGUCCCAUUAAUAACGCGCGUAGUUAUCAUUGUUUCUUUAAAAGCUUAAUUGGACUACGAACUUCUUACAAAU